AUGGAGCGGAAGCACAGCCUUGUCCAUUUAGGGCCCACAGACACUACCAGCACGAACUGGGCAAUCCUGCAGGGCCUUCUGAGUGGCGUGAACAAGUACUCCACAGCACUGAGUCGUAUCUGGCUGUCAGUGGUGUUCAUCUUCCGAGUGCUGGUGUACGUGGUGGCCGCUGAGAGUGUGUGGGCUGAUGAGCAGAGCGAAUUUGUCUGCAACACCAGGCAGCCAGGCUGCCCCAAUGUCUGUUACGAUGAGUACUUCCCCGUGUCCCACGUGCGCCUGUGGGCCCUGCAGAUCAUCCUGGUCACCUGCCCCUCACUGCUGGUGGUCAUGCAUGUGGCCUAUCGAGAGGAGCGAGAGCGGCGCCACCGCCUGAAGCAUGGACCGAACGCCCCCUCCCUGUAUGAUAAUACAGGCAAGAAGCAGGGUGGCCUCUGGUGGACAUACUUGCUGAGCCUCAUCUUCAAGGCCACCAUUGAUGCUAUCUUUCUCUACAUCUUCCACAGCCUUUAUAAAAAUUUUGACAUGCCCCACUUGGUGGCCUGUUCUGUGGAUCCCUGCCCCCACACUGUGAACUGUUUCAUCUCCAGACCCACAGAAAAGAAAAUUUUUUCCUACUUCAUGGUGGGCACAGCUGUCCUUUGCAUUCUUCUUAACUUAUGUGAAGUUGUCUACCUCGUGGUCAAGAGGUGUAUGGAGAGCGUGUACUCCAGGCGCAGGAAACCUCGAAGCCAAGGUCAACAACUUGACACGUGCUCACCAAAUGUCCUCUCUCAGGAAGGACAUCUACAAGUUGGGACCGCUGUGCUGAAGGUUGGGUUAGAUCCACAAGAUACAGGAGAGUAUGCAUAUAGGAUCAAGACAAGAAUAUAG